UUCCUGUUGGAUAUUUCGAAUAAUUCAAUUUUCUUUAUUAAGAGCAAUUCGUUAUAUUUUUUCUUUUGAUGAUGGAAUGCUUGAGAAUUCUUUUUCAAACAAUUUUGUGUUAGAUGAAAAUGAAGAUGUUGAAGAUAUCCAAACUGUGAAAGAACAUUUACUUAAACAUUUUAAAAUUCAAACAAAAGAGGAAUUGAUGAAUAUUUUGUAUGGACCAAACUUUCAAAAAUCUUAUAUUGCUUCUUUUACUAAAUUGCUGGCUGAAUGUCUAAACAACAAUAAAUUAGCUACAAAAAUAUUUUUUGAUGCUGGUUAUUCAUUAGCUGCUCAUAUUCGUGCAAUUAGCAAAAAUUUUGAUGAAGAAUUUUAUACAAAUAAAGUCCCAAUUUUAUUAAUUGGUUCAGUCUUUAAAAGUUGGCAAUUGUUGAGGAAAGGAUUUGAAAGAUGCUUGGCAACAAAUGUUACAAAUUGUUUAAAGAAGAAUCAAAGGACUUUCCGAAAAGUUGCUUUUUAUCAACCAACAAGUUCUCCAGCUAUAGGGUAUAAAAAUUAUUUAAAUUAUAACGUUGUAGGUUCUUGGAAAAUUUUUUGGUACGGAACCAAUAAAAAUCCGAUGCUUUUCUGUGAAAAUUUAUUUCCUUCGGUUGGGUAUUAG